CCUAAAGAAUCGCGGCCGCCAUCUCCCUGUCGGCAACGGCAACACGACGCAGCUCAACUACUGCUUCCCCCCAUUGACCCUCUCAACUCAUUUCUCGUCUUCCCAAAACAACUGAAGCCUUUCAUCACCUCAACAUUAUUCGAUCACUUCCAAUAAUGGCGGCAGUCGGCCACUCUCGAUCAGGCUCCCAGUCCCAGCAGCCGCGCCUCAACUCCCGGCGCCACUACAACGUCGUGCACCCGGUUGACGUUGAGACGCCUCCUCUGACUUCUCCCGCGCCGGCGACUCCCACCGUGUUCCGGGAAGUCAAGCACUUCAAGAAAUGGGUUGUGUGGUUGAUUCCUACCUUUGUUGUCGUCAAUGUGAUCAUGUUUGGUGUCACUAUGUAUGUCAACAACUGCCCCAAGAACUCUGUUUCUUGCAUAGCCACGUUUUUAGGGAGGUUCUCCUUCCAGCCUUUUAAGGAGAACCCUCUUCUCGGGCCGUCAUCGUCUGCGUUGCAGAAGAUGGGUGCUUUGGAUGUGAAGAAGGUGGUUGAUGAUCACCAGGGGUGGCUUCUCAUCACUUGCAAUUGGCUACAUGGUGGACUUUUUCAUUUGUUGGCCAACAUGCUGAGUCUUUUGGUUAUUGGAUAUCGGCUAGAGCAAGAAUUUGGCUUUGUGCGGAUUGGGUUACUAUAUGUUAUAUCUGGACUUGGAGGGAGUCUGUUGUCUUCACUUUUCAUCCAGUCAAACAUCUCUGUUGGUGCUUCUGGUGCGCUUUUUGGAUUACUAGGAGCCAUGCUUUCUGAACUUAUUACUAACUGGACAAUAUAUACUAGUAAGCUUGGAGCACUUUUCACCCUCCUAAUCAUCAUAGCGAUCAAUUUGGCAGUGGGAAUUCUCCCACAUGUGGACAACUUUGCUCACAUUGGAGGAUUCCUUUCGGGAUUCUUUCUUGGGUUUGUGUUUCUUAUCCGCCCUCAGUUUGGAUGGGUUAACCAAAGAUAUGUUCCUCCAGAGUUCAGAACAUCUGAAGUUACAUCUAAGUUCAAGACCUAUCAAUGCAUCUUCUGGAUCCUUUCUCUGGUUAUUUUAAUAGUUGGAUUCACUGUUGGCCUGGUUAUGCUUCUUCGAGGAGUUGAUGCAAAUGAACACUGUUCGUGGUGUCAUUAUUUGUCUUGCAUCCCAACAUCAAAAUGGAGCUGCCGGUCAGAACCUGCCUACUGCUCGUCAACCCAGACAGGUGACCAGCUCUUUUUAAUAUGCUCAAGCAAUGGAAAGAACGGCACAUAUACGUAUCCAAAUGCAAGCAGUUCUCAGCUCCAGGGCUUAUGUUCUCAGCUUUGCAGUUGAUUUAUGAAGAACAUGGGCAUAAAUUAAGUUUGCAUCACUGAUCAGAUGUAUAAAUUGAAUUUCACAUGCAGGUUCUUCUGAGACUAGUUACCAUACGCUUGUUAUUACUUGUAUUUAUUACAGUGUAAUCUUCAUUCUUGAUCGUAAUCUUUGUUCAUUUGGUUUGUUCUGUU